UCGAUAUUACUCUCUUUGCAUCAAUUAGUCUUCUGAUCCUGAACUUAUAUAGAGUAUAUAUAUCUUGAGGUAGCUAGCAAUCAAGCUGCAAAAGAGUUAAGCCAGCAGCUCGACAUGUCGACGGUCACCUCGUGCACCUUCCUGAGCGGCCGCCCGGCGGCGGUGCCGGCGAGCUCCGCCGGCGGUCGUCUGUCGAAGAAGGCGGCGGCGGCUGUUUCGGUGCCGUCGGGGGGGAAGCCUCAGCGCCUCUCUGUGUGUUAUUUGAGCCCCAAGGGAUCAGGGGAGUACAACCCAAAGAUAGAUUUGCCACCAUUCAAUAUCUCAGCCGUUGCUCUGGUGAACCCGAUGCCGGCGGUUGGGGAGCGGUGGCAGGUGGAGGAGAAGAGCGACGCCGUCACCCUGUGGUUCGACGUGCCGGGCCUAUCCAAGGAGGACCUCGCCGUCGAGAUCGACGAGGACGUGCUCGUCAUCAAGAAGAAGGACGCCGCCGCCGCAAAGACCGCAGCCACUCCUCCUCCUUCUGCUGCUCCUGUCGCCGGGAGGAACAGCAGUGCUGUCAACGCCGGCACCGCCGCCGCCGCGGCCGCCCCCGGCGACGGCGGGCGAGUCUACGCGCGGCUCCUCCUGCCGGCGGGGUACAGCAGAGAGGGCGUCGCAGCCGAGCUCAGCUCCGGCGAGCUGAAGGUCACCAUUGCCAGGGUCAAGGAGAGCGCGCGCAGGCGGAUCAAUGUCGAGAUCACCACCAAGUAGCUAGCUCCAAGCUACGAGCAUCCGUAUUAUCAUCAAAUCUAUGGCCAUUCCAUGAAGGAUAUAUAAGAGCAACCGCAAAUUAAUCAUCUUGCCUAAGAUGCUACCUUCUCAUAUAUCUCAAUAAUUGCAUGCUCUACAUGAUCUAUAUAUAUAAUACAUAUUUUGUUUUCAUAAGAUAUUUAACUAUGUUUAUGUAUGCAAGCAUUGAUCAGCUGCUAGCUGCAU